UUCAACUCCCCUUUCUUCUCGGAACUUCCGCUUCUGGUUCAAUCGGACGUUUCAGCUGUAACGAUGAUCGGAGACAUCCUGCUCUUCGGGACGCUUCUGAUGAACGCCGGAGCGGUGCUUAAUUUUAAGCUGAAAAAGAAGGACUCACAAGGCUUUGGGGAGGAAUCCAGGGAGCCUGGCACAGGUGACAACAUCCGGGAGUUCUUACUGAGCCUCAGGUACUUCCGAAUCUUCAUCGCCCUGUGGAAUGUUUUCAUGAUGUUCUGCAUGAUCGUGUUGUUUGGCUCCUGAGCUCCAGAUACGGAACUAAGAACACGCCUUCCUAGAUGCCGAGUCUCUUGUCAUUCCUGAUAACUUCAACAAUGUUUCUGACUGGAAAAUCAGGGACCCAGAAAGCCCAAGCUUGUGGUGGGUGGAAAAAAAUGUUCGCCAAGAUGCGCAUGGUUUCCCGGCCACAUCACUGUUUUUUCUGUAAAGUCAUUUUCACUUUGGUCUCUGCAUUGAAACACUGCCUACUUAAGGAGUCUCAGGAGGGAGUGAGGGGCUGUGAUAACAUUCCCCAUAGAAAAGGUAGUUUUGAUCAGAGUGGAUUCUCUCUUCCUCCAGGCUUUCAGUAGAAACACGUUUCUGGCUAUUUCUUGCUGUAUUUUUAAUAACCAUUGCUUUGGUUUGAAUUAAACAGAUUUUUAGAAAUCAUUUAUUUCUGAAGAUCUGAAGCAGAAAAGUUGGCUUUUAAGUUUGGUGGAGACUCUUUAUUUGACCCUGUUUGUGAAUAACAAAGUUUAUUGUUGAUAGGUCUGCAUCCAAGUUCCUUCUCUGUCACGUAAGUUCUACUUGGCCACUCAGCGUAGCUGUCACCCCAGGACUUUAAGAAGGAAGUAUUACUGUGUUCCCACGGAAAAGAGGUGUGGAACAGCUGGCAGGGGCAGACAAGUGUUUUAUGAGAAAUUUUGCUUAGUUUUGAAAGCACUCUGUUAAGGAGCCAUUAAUUGUACAAUUAAACUUUUUUUUAAAGAUUUUUUUGUUUUUAAAGAGAUGGGAAGUAAUGUGCAAGAGAAACAUCGGUCAGUUGAUUGCCUUGCAUGCCCCCAUCCAGGGACCUGGCCUGCAACCCAGGCAUGUGCCCUGACCAGGAAUUGAACCCGCGGCCCUCCAUUGUACAGGCUGGUGCUCAAUCCAAUGAGCCACACCAGCCAGGGCUGUACAGUUUUUAGAGUGAGAAUGAUUUAUGUGGUAAUAUUAGGACCUAGUUCUGAAAGCUUGAGGCUUUUGGGUUUGUUUUUUAAGUGGGGCAUUUCAAGGUUUAAAAAAUAAUGAGCCUCAGUUGAGCAUUUUGCACAGAAGCUUUGAAAGAGAGUCUGGUUUAAUUGCCAAAUUGAAAUGCUGGUGGUCAGCACCUGGAUCCCAUAGGUGUUUGAUUUGUCUGUUGUGGUUUUUGAAAUCCUGACUUGUAGGUAAACCUGGUGGGAGGAAAAAGCCAACAUGCAGGGUUUUAGAACUAAGUGAGCAUUGAGCGUUGAAAAUAAAGCUCAUUUUCCCAAAAGACCUUUUGUUUUACAUUUUCAACCAAGAAGUUGACUUUCAACUUGAGUAAUUUUGAUUAGGCUGUGUGAAACACCUAGGGUUCAUUUUGGAGGCUGCCCAAAAGGAACAAUGUUUCUUUUUGGAUUCUGCUCAAUGAAUGUUGGACAAAGAUGGACAAAUAAGAUUCUGACCUGGCUGCACCUAGAAUAGAAAGGGCCAUUGGUAAAGGUAGACUUCACUAGACUAGGAUCAAGUCUACUUGUACUACUGCUCGGCUAACGUCAUUGUACUUCAUUGCUUCUGUAGUUUAUUCCUUUUUCAAAUCUGUCCAGGCAUCUCCCCAUGGUUUGUAAGUAUCAGGGCGCAUAGCCUAAGUCUAGUUUUGCCUUGGCCUGAAUUCUUGGAGCAAGAAUGGACGUGCCAAGAUCGUGGCUGGUCAUUCUUCAAGAUGUGUGAAUGGUGUGAGGAAACCUCUGCCUCAUUCAGAUUCACACUGAGGUUUCAAUGAGGCAAGGCAUUUGUGUGUAAUGGGAAUGAAUUGUUCUCAGAGAAGACAAUGGAGUCAUUGAGAUUUUGUUUCAAUAAUUGUAUUUUUUCCCCAGAGAACUAUUAGCUCAUUGUUAAGUUCUCAUAAGCAGGGUGGCUUUGGGGAAUGCAUGUUGGAGCCUGCAGUACAUUUUGAAACCACAUAUCAUGAAUCCUUAGGAAGCUUUUCAGGAACACUUACUGGUACCCAAGUUUAUCAUAGGUUGAAUUUUGGGUGCAUAGGAUCCCACAGCAUUUAAGUGCUCAUGCUCAGGCUCAGUUAGAUAAGGGGUCAGAUUUCACCUCUGGUCCUUGUUGGAGGGACCUUGGCUAACUGCUUCCCCUCUCUAAGUCUCAGUUUUCAUAUCUCUAAAAUGGGCUUGAAAGUCACACUCACUUGGGUUUGUUACAAGGUUUGGCGAAUUUGAACUUGGGCCGGACUCUUGAGCAGAUGCCCAGCACUGGGUAAGCGCUCCAUACCUGAUACCUGUGGGUUUCCUCAUUGCCCCGUUUUCUCUCUUCUCACCCAGAUUCACUUGUUCAGUCCACACCUGCGCCAUGAAGGGGCGAUCACAACAAUUAAAAAAAUUGGAAACAAUUUCCAGCAUGGAAAAUCUUGACCCAUCUUCUCAUUCUCUAUACAGUGUUUUUCUUAUGCCGGUCGGUGUACACCACAUAGUUCCCAUAGUGGGGAAGGCAGUUCCGGCUUUGCUGCUUUCAUUGCAGUGUCACUUCCUUCUUAUUUUCUGGGCUGCCAGAAAGGCUUCAUGGUUCUCAUUUUUAAUGACUGUGCAGAGUCAAUAAAUCUCUCUUUAAGCUAGGCCUUCUCACUUGAUUCACUUGUACUUUGUCCACUGUUAUAAGUGUCACAGCUGUCACCAGUGGUAGGACCUUCACUGGCUUCCCUCACUGAUACUUCCAGGAGCACUCCAGUAGGUGACAUUAUUAUGUACCACCGAUAUGGCUUUAUGGCCUUCAUUUAUUUUAUUUUGUUUUAGUUUCUUAAUUAUCAGUGCAUGUUUAUUGUAGAAAAAUUAUAAUACAGCUUGUUUCUGUAUUUUUCCUAUAAUACCAUUCUUAAUAACUGCAGAUAAGCCAUUAUAAGGAUAUAUUAAUAAUUUAACCACCUAACUGAUGGAGACUUGAGUUGUCUCCAGUUUUGGUGUGUUAUAAAUAACACUGCAGUGAACAUCUCAGUGUAUAUUCCUAGUGGCUUUUUGAGGUCACUGUUAACAAGAGAUCCACCUUGACAACUUCAGGCUAAAAAUGCCAAAGAAAAAUGUAUCUUGGACAGCCUAUGUCCUUGUCUUUAUUUAUUGUCCAUUUGUUCAAUCAUUUAUUCCUUCCUACCUAUGUUUAUACAUACAUACCUACCAAAGGACUUGGUUCUAGAUUCCUAUCAGCUCGUCAAGGGUGGGUAUUAGGCAGCUUCAGUUUAGGGUGGGGAUUAGCUGCUUCAGUUUAACCUCUGAAUAAGGAAGUUUUCAGCUCCACCCAGAUAAACUAUUUGUGUAAGUGACAGCUGUUGACAUGCACCAGCUGGCUUUCUGGUCCAGAAGGAUCUUAACCACCAUCUAAAUAAUAAGCACCCACUACUUGCUCUGGAGUGUGUUACCUGAAGUUGCUGCUGAGGUGAGGGGCUGUACCUGGAGAACAAAGAGGAGCCCUCAGUUUGCAGCACCCACCCUGGCUGCAGACAUCAGGGUUCACAUUGAACAUUCCCCUUGGGGGUUCAUAUUGGAAACCUUUUGCUUCUUUCACCCAUGUCAUCUUGAGAAUGGAACACAUCCCUCUUUUGUGUGGGUUUCUCAUAGCACUUCAGUUCCAGCUGCUCUAGAGUAGAAACUGGAAACCAUUGAGGCAGCCUGCUUUGUAAAUAAAGUUUUAUUGGCACACAGCCAUCCAUGCCCCUUUGGGAAUGUGUUGUCUGUGGCUACUUUGGCUGCUUUUCUGCUAUAAGGGCAGAGUUGCUACUGGAGACCAUCUAGCCUGCAGAGCUGGAAGUAUGGCCUAUCUGACCCAUUUAUAAGACAAACUUGCCAGCCCCUUAGCCAAGGGAAUGAUGGAGAAUCUCAAGGUGCUCCAUUUCCCCAAAGCCACUCAGGUAGAAUAAUUUGUGUGCCUUGUGGCCCAGAUUUUAAUAAAGACAUUUGCAAACAUGUUUUUCAGACUUGCUGAACACCGAGCCAGCCAUUUUCAGGUGAUACAUUUAAUAGAUCAAAACCCAAUUUAAUGUCUCAGUGGUUAGAGGCAAGGUCCCUCCUGGACUCCCUGCUAGUCUUCUGAGCAGCAGCUUGAAGUGAUAAUGAGAUUGGCUGUCCUCUGAAGUGCUUAGAUCUGAAAAGCCAGCAAGACUCAUUAGUGAAGCAUUUUCUUUUCAUUUCAACCAUUUCAUUAUUUUUUUAACCAAAUUUAAGUUUAUGAAAUAUUGACAAACCUCCUGAUGUUUUCCAGUGUUGAUGAAAGAUGUAAGCUCUUUGUGCUUAAAGCAAAAGGCAUGCUUUUUUUUUUUUAACGUAAAUUUGACUUGUUUUGUUUCCACCCUUCCCUUGACUUUCAUUAUUAUGCAGAGGAAAGCACUUACUAGCUUCAGGCCCCUCUCUGGCCCUUGAGCAUUCCUGCAAGUAAGAGUUUGGUACUAGCAAGUAUUCAUGGAUGAGACAUCGGGCAAAGGGUCUAUAGCAAAUCAGAAAUUCAAAGUGCACGUUUUUUCAACAAAAAGAAAUGGCAAGAAUUAGGUCAGCGUGAGGCUCCGUGGCUUUCUUUUUGUAUUGACUUAGGAGUCAGCACACUGCUGCCCAUGUCUGGCCGACCACCUACCUUUUCACAGCACAGGAGGGAGAACGGUUUUUACCUUUGUAAAUGGGUGCGGGGAAAUGAAAGGAAAGUCCUGGGGUUUUUGUUCAUCAAUAAAGUUUUAUCGGAACGCUGCCAUACCCAAUCAUCUUCGUGUCAUCAGUGGCUGCUUUUGAGCUGCAAGAACAGAACUAAAUCAACAUAAGAACUGUCCAAACCUGUAAGAAUUUCUAAUGAGUUUAUUUGAGCCAAACUAAAGACAGUUGCCAGGAAGCAAAAUCUCUGAUUGAGAAAAUGCUCCAGGGAAUGGCAGUUAUCACUUUAUUUUAUACAUCAGAGUCGAAGAUGUGAAGGGAUUACAUGAAGUCUACUGGUGACAGAUUAGGAAGGCAGGAGAAAGCAAGUGGGGAAGUGGGGUGGGUAUCUCUGGAAUUGGAUAAAGAGCAAAAACAGACACUUCUAUUACAUAGGUGAAACAAUGACCAGGAUAACAGUGACAAUGAGGGCCUCUUGGGUGUCCUGCUCUGGUGGGAGAUUGUGCCUCAGGGGUCUGGUAAAAGGAAGUCACCCUGGCAGUCCAAAGGUCCGUUAUUGUAGAUGCAAAAAGACAAUAGACAGGCCUAGUUAAGGUAAAGAUUGACCUUUUGUCAAGAAAGAUACUGGCCUAGGACAUGACCAUCUUUCAAGACUCAAUUUUGGCUGGAACGUUUUAGUUUCAUAAUAUCUUGUAUGGUUGCUUUAGGUCUCUGAGUCUCUAAGGCCCCCCAUGCAGGCCUUCCCUGAGCUUGUCAGGCUAAAUAUGGGCUCCCAGAGUAUGGAGUCUAGACUAUAGACUAUGCUGGGGAAGUUGUAGAAGUUUUUUUUUAGGGGGAAUAAAGCUUCAUUGCAUCUAAUUAUAGUUUAGCGUGCAAAUUGAGGAAAAGUGGAAAUGAGGGUUGUGGCAAAAAGGAAGAUGGGGGUCUGGCCCAGACCUGGGCUCUGUUACAGUGCCUUGGCGGGGGGCAACACUGUGGCCUCUCUGCACCUCCACGUCCUCUUCUGUGGUAUGUGACGGUGAAGGAGAAAGCUUUGACAUGUGCCUCUAACCUGUCUGACACAGGGCAGGCCCUCAGUAAAUGGCGUUGUUUUCAUCAGUGUCAUUACUUUUAUUAAAAGACAUCCCUGACAGGGUUUUAUGAGGCUUAAAUGAGAUGGUGUCUUAGGCAGCUUGAACUGCCAUGAUGAAAUAUCACAGACUGGGUGGCUUAAACAGACAUUUAUUUUCUCAGCGAUUCUGGCUGAAAGUCCAAUGUCAAGGAGCUGGCAGGGUUAAGGUGAGGCCUCUCUCCUUGGCUUCUAGACGGCCACCUUCUGGCUGUGUCCUUAUGUGACCUUUUCUCUUUGUGCAUUCCUGGUAUUUCUCUUCUGGUAAUGGUGUCUAUGACAUUGGUUCAGAGGCCCACCCUUGUGACCUCAUUUAACCUUAGUUAUCUUUUUAAAGGCUCUGCCUUCAAAUAUAGUCACACCAGGGGUUAAAACUCCAACAUGAAUUAUGAGAGCACACAAUUCAGUCUACAUAUAACAGAUGGUCAAGGGUCUGACCUAUUCAGCAGCUGUUAGUUAUCUCCUUGGCUAAUAGUAUGCUUCGAGGCAUUACUUUUUUUUUUUUUUUUUUGAAGCUGACCCUGAGAACUGCUACAAAGGGAUUUGCCUCCUCAUGUUCCGUUGUAAAGUAUUUGUGUGGAAGUGGAUGGUGGCUUCUACCCUGGUGUCUCAGACUUUGGUGGCCCGUGAGUUCCCUGGGGGUCUCAAUGAAGUAUGGGUUGGAUUUAGCAGGUUACGACCCUGCACGUCUAACCAGCUCCCAGGGAUUGCUCAUGCUGUUGGUUCCCAGGCCACUGAGUAGCGACAGCCUAUGCUGUACGUUAAGUAUCCACUAAUCACAUGUGCGGUUUUUUUUGGGUUUUUUUUUUUCAGUUUCCAUCUGAAUUAACUAAACUAAAACCCCAACCCCUCAGUCACAAUAGCUACAUGUCAAGAUCAGUUCAUUGCAGAAAGCUCUAACUGGGCAGUGCUGCAUGUAAAGGAGAGGAUGUAAGCCUUUUUUAGUCAAGGGCCUGCCCAGUCUCACUAGGGCAGCUGUAACAAGUGGCCACCAACCGCAUGGCUUGAGACAGCGUGAACUUGUUCUCUUAAAGAUCUGGAGGCCAGAAAUGGAAAAUGGUUGUCACUAGGCUAUAGUCAAGGUGUUGGCGGAGCUGGUUGCUUCUGGAGGCUGUGGGGGAGGAUCCCUUUCCUUGCCUUUUCCGGCGUUUAGAGGCCACCCACCUCCUUAGUUUAUGGCCCCUUCCUUCCUGAUGUCCCCAGCACACAGGAGGUCCUCACUGCUGUGGUCUACCCCAAAGCCCAACACCAGAGCCAGUUCCAGAUUCAGAGCUCCCGGUUUUCAGCCACAUGUCCUAAAUGUGACAGGACACCCCAGGGCAUCUGGGCUAGUGCAUGCUCAUCAGAGUUAUAUUUCUGUUGCAAAACAUCCGAGGCACUCAAAGUUGAACAAGCAAAAAUUGUAAAUGGCUUAAGGCAAGCUUUGCCACCGAAUGGCUUUGUUGCAAACUUAAGGGAAGACGUAGCCUUCAGAGCUUUGAGAUUCUGGAAUGAAUGGUGGGGAGAGACCCUGGGCCCGUGCUUGUCCUGUCUUUCCAUGGGGAGUUGCACGCUGCCCCCCGCCCCUGGACAUCAGUUUCUCUGUGACAGGGAUGGCUUAGGCCCAGGUACUGCCUAGAAUUUGUGAAGCCUAUGUUGUGUUUGUAGGAAAUGCCUUGUGGAGCAUGUUCCCUCUCAUCAUCUUGCUUCCUGUGUUUUGGGGCUCAGUUUGGUCUCUGUGUUUCUGAGAAGUUCCAUUGGUCGGUUUGGUGUCUUUUAUCAUGGCUUCUGUCUGCUUCCGUCUUCCUGCCCUCUUUAUAGCCUCCCUGUUGAUUUUUUUUUUUUGGACAUCUGUCCCUUGACCUUUGUCUGCUCCUCAGGGAAAUGGCUUAUACCUGAUUUGGUUCAUGUGCUUCCCUGCAAAUCUGGGAACCCUGGGUUCUAGGCCAGAGUCUUCACGUGCCAAAAAUCCAGCCAUGUGAAUUUGGCGAGAUCACUCUUAGGAGGAAGAACCAGGUCACCUAGUGGGGUAGUUAGGUGACCAAUGUGAAAAGAGCAGAGAAAACUUACUUAGGGACAAUGAAAAAUAAGGCUGGCCAGGAACGUGGGCAGCACAGGAAAUGUGUGUCGUGGGUGGUAUGUGAGAAGAGGGCCUGGAAAGUCCAAGGGCUUAGGCGAGAUGAAGGGGGAGACCACUGAGUUUUUGGAGCAGGGUCCAGAUUCAGACCAUGUGCUGGAGAAGGCUGUCUGGAGCAGAAGAGGCCAGUCCUGGCGAAAGCCACAACAAAUUCAUGGUUUAUCCUGCAGUUUCUUUACUGAGAAAAAAGUGAUCUUAUUUUAUUUUGCUAGACACUUAAAAUGUCUAUCAAAAUCAUUCUCUAGAGAAUUAGAAGUUACUGAUUUUGUUUCUUUGCUUCAUGAGCGUAAUUGAGAGAAUAUAAAACUGCACUAAGCCAGAUAAAAGCCUCUAAUCUAACAAGCAGACUAUCACCGAGAAGUAAUCUAAUCACAGGAAUAAUCCAAUAAAGUGAUUGAUUUGAGCAAAUACAUUUUAUUAUAUUUUAGCAAGUUUUUUGAGGUCUUUAAGAAAAAGAAAAAGAAUAAUAAUUUUGUGACUACAGACCCAAACAGACAAAUCAGUUUUAUAAUUUCCAAAAUAUAUGUUACUUGGUUUGUUUUCUGAAGAAUGAAAUAUAAAUGAAAAGGGGAUGGUUACAAAUGCCCCUGUAGCUCCUAGAAAAAGCUAGGACAACAGUAGUAAAGUGGAGUCAGAAGAGGGAUUGACCUUUUAUCUCCUCUGUACGUGUGUAGCUGUGUGUGCUAUAUUGUUUUUAUACAUGGUUAUUCUUUAUCCUGUACUUAACUGAAAGAAGGUCACUAUAAUAGAGAAGAUAAUCAGAGUCAAAAAUAAAAAGAGCCCUGGCUGGUGUGGCUCAGUGGAUGGAGUCGGGUGCCAGCCUGGGAACGGAAAGGUCGCCAGUUCGAUUCCCAGUCAGGACACAUGCCUGGGUUGCAGACUAGGGCCCUACUUGGGGGCAUGUGAGAAGCAGCCAAUCAGUGUAUCUCCCCCACAUUGAUAUUUCUCUCUGUCUCUUUCUCCCUCCCUUCAAAUAUUUUUUAAAAAUAAAAUAAAACAUGAAAAAGAA